AUGACGCAUGUGUCCACUGUGGCACAAUCCUUAGCCAUCCGUCUCAUGUCAGCCAAUGUUGGAGACACAGUGACUUUGCACUGCUUUCAUGAAGGCAAUUUGACAAUGCACUUCUUGUGGUACAACCAACCCUUUGGAAAUAAUCCUCAGCUCAUGUCAACCUUUUAUGAGUAUGAAAAGAAUGCUAUAUUUUACCAUGACUUUAAGGGUAACGCUCGUAUCUCAGUGGAAAGAGGAGUUGACAGCUGUAACCUGAACAUCUCCAAGACAGAGUCAGGGGACUCAGCUACAUACUAUUGUGGUGUUAUGGAAGAGGGCGAACUCACAUUUGGAGAAGGAACUGUUUUAAUUGUCAAAGGUUCAGAGUCCAACAGCAUGUCUGUGCUCCAGCAGCCUGUGUCUGAGUCAGUUCAGCCAGGAGACUCUGUGACUCUGAACUGUAGAAUACACACUGAGACCUGUGCAGGAGAACACAGUGUCUAUUGGUUCAGACAUGGCUCAGGAGAAUCCCGUCCAGGAAUCAUUUACACCCAUGGAGACUGGAGUGAUCAGUGUGAGAAGAGCCCUGAGGCUGGGUCUCCUACACAGAGCUGUGUCUACAACCUCCCCAAGAGGAACCUCAGCCUCUCUGAUGCUGGGACUUACUACUGUGCUGUGGCCUCAUGUGGGGAGAUACUAUUUGGGAACAGGACCAAGCUGGACAUUUGA